AGAACUGCAGAGAAACAGCAAUGUUGACCGCAGCCGUCUGCGCUGGCCGGGAAACCCGAACAAAUAGUCGAUCUUAAAAGUUACUGCAGUUCAAAAGUUCAGGGAGGGUUGGACACGCCCCCCCACCCCCCGCGCAGAAGAGGAGAGUGGGCAGGGUGAGGAGGGGGCGGCGUGUGGACACUUAAGUGAAAUCCGAUCUUGUGCCAAGAAAGCGUGUGCAGCUAGAAACCCCGAGUCACUACCGACCUUGAGCGGACCCGAGCGGCUGCCUGCGUGUAACAGCGGCCCAACCAUGGAGAACUCGGUGGCCCCUUGCGUCCUUUUCCCCGGGGCGCGAGGCCAUGCCGGGGCCGGAGAAGGCGCUCCGGGGAGUCCGGGAGAGGGCAGCCUGCAGCUGCCGGACGCCGCCGGGGGGGCGGGCGCUGCGUCCUCGGCGCAGACACCCUGCAGCCUCAGCGCGUCUCUGUGCUUCAGCUCCGGGGACGAUUCCCCGCCGCAGUCUCGCGCCUCCGCGGAGGACAGCGCAGCGACCUUCCCGCCCCCAUGUUGCGGCGGCCGGCGCGUGGUGAACCCGCAGUGGGAGGAUACCAGCGCGGGCUCCGGGUCCCCGGAGGAGCCCGCGUCCCCGGAAGAGCCCGUGUGUCCGGAAGAGACCGCAUCCCCGGAGGAGCGCGCGUACCCUGAGGAGCUUGCGUCUCCCAGAGAACCCACCCCGGAGGAGCCCGGGGAGCCCGCGCCAGUGCCUCCCGGGGCCGCUGCCGCCUACGGGGAGCCGGACCUGGUCAUCGAGGUGUCGGGUCGCCGGCUCCGCGCUCACAAGGCGGUGCUGGCCGCGCGCAGCGACUUCUUCCGCGCGCGCGCGUCGCGGGACGUGCUGCGAGUGCAGGGUGUGAGCCUGGCAGCGCUGCGGCUGCUGCUAGCCGACGCGUACAGCGGGCGCAUGGCGGGCGUGCGGCCCGACAACGUGGCCGAGGUGGUGGCCGGCGCGCGCCGCCUGCAGCUGCCCGGCGCCGCGCAGCGCGCCACCGACGCCGUGGGGCCGCAGCUAAGUCUGGCCAACUGCUACGAGGUGCUGAGCGCGGCCAAGCGGCAGCGCCUGUCUGAGCUGCGCGACGCCGCCUACCGCUUCAUGAGCGACCACUAUCUGGAGGUGCUGCGCGAGCCCAGCGUGUUCGGGCGUCUGUCGGGCGCGGAACGUGACCUGCUGCUGCGCCGCCGCCUGCGCGCGGGUCGCGCCCACCUACUUGUCGCGGCGCUCGGGCCUCCCGGGGACCGCGCAGGCAGCCGACCGCAGAGCCCCUUGGGGGACGCGGACGCGUGCGGCGACGCGGCCAUCUACUGCUACCACUCCGCAGCGGGAGAAUGGCGAGAGCUGACUAGGCUGCCGGAGGGCGCACCGGCGCGGGGAUGCGGCCUGUGUGUGUUCUACAACUACCUCUUCGUGGCUGGCGGCUUGGGGCCUCCGGGCCCCGAUGGCCUUGCGCGACCGUCCGAUCAGGUCUUUUGCUACAACCCGGCCACCGAUAGCUGGAGUACCGUGCGGCCGCUGCGCCAGGCGCGCUCGCAGCUGCAGCUGCUGGCCCUGGACGGACACCUGUACGCUAUAGGCGGCGAGUGCCUGCUCAGCGUGGAGCGCUACGACCCGCGCGCCGACCGCUGGGCCGCCGUGGCGCCGCUACCGCGGGGCGCCUUCGCCGUGGCCCACGAGGCUACCACCUGCAACGGCGAGAUCUACGUGUCCGGGGGCUCGCUGUUCUAUCGCCUGCUCAAGUACGACCCCCGGCGCGACGAGUGGCAGGAGUGCCCGUGCAGCAGCAGCCGCCAGCGAUCGGCCGACAUGGUGGCUCUCGACGGCUUCAUCUACCGCUUCGACCUAUGCGGAGGCCGUGGCGAAGCGCAGGCAGCUACCGGGCCUGGCUCGGGUGUGCGCGUCUCCCGCUACCACUGCCUGGCCAAGCAGUGGAGCCAGUGCACCUUGCUGCUGAGGCCGCCUGGCGCCCCCGCGGGCCUGCAGCCCUUCCGCUGCGCCGCCCUGGACGGCACCAUCUACUGCGUGAGCCGCGCGGGCACCUGGCGCUUUCUGCCCUCCUGCGACGGAGAGUCGGGUGGCGAUGCGGCCCUGGGUGGCAGCUUCGAGCCCGAGGCGCCCGGGGUCCCCGUGGACGCCCGACCUGCUCUCUUUCCAUUCGUGUUCAACCUGCCUGAGAAACCGGACAGAGUGGAGCAGGGCGCCGCGUAG